GGAGCCGCCGGCCCGACCGCCGAACGAGACGUCAUCCGUGCAACCCCGGUUCAUGACGUCACCAGAGGCCCGAACGGUGACGUCACGGGUCAACCAGCCGGCGCACCUGCAUUGCCGCGUGGCUAACCUGGGCGACCGGGCGGUGUCAUGGAUACGCGAGCGCGACCUGCACAUCCUGACCACGGGCCUGUUCACGUACACGCGGGACAAGCGGUUCGUGGCGUUUCACACGGGUGACACGUGGACGCUGAAGCUGCUCGGCCCGCGCGUCAACGACUCGGGCUCGUACCUGUGCCAGGUCAGCACCGAGCCCAGGAUCAGCCAGCACUUCAGCCUCACCGUCAGAGAGUCGCGAGCCUACAUCGCCAGCAACCGGGAGCUGUACGUGAAGGCGGGCAGCUCCAUCAGUCUGUCCUGUACGCUGACUCACAACAUCAGCCAGCUGUACUGGCUGCACAAUGGUUCCGUCAUUCACUACACCGGCUGGCCCCAGGAGGACCAGCCGCUGGGCCUGGGUCGGAUCGUGGCGAGCACGGCCGGCCGCACCAGCAGCGUGCUGGUGCACCGAGCCGGCCUCACCGACUCCGGACUCUACACCUGCCAGCCCACCGACGCUCAGGCCGACCAGGUCACCGUGCACGUGCUCACCGUGUCGGGGCGCGGUAUGCCGGAGACGCUGCCGGGACACGGCGGCGACGAGGCCCCAGACGGCGCGCAACGGCAGCUGAGGCUAGAGGCGGCGAGCAGCCUUUUCGUCGCCCUUUGGCCCGGCGUGCGGCCAGAGACAAGAGACCCGACCGUUCGCGCUGGCUCUCGUUAUGACAAACCCACCCACCCGACCGAAGUGCGGUUGGAUGCUGGUGCAGCCCGGCGCGAGCUGCUGUAG